GGCCGCCUCCGCACAUCCCCGGGGCCCCGUUGCCCUCCCCGCCUCAGGGUGUUGCCAUGCCUCUGGAGUUCUUGCCGACUUGCUAUGGAGGCAGCUUCCUCGUGUACGACUCCUUCCUGUAUAAGAAGGAGAAGGCCAUCGGGAACAAAGUGUACUGGAGGUGCCGGGACCACGCCGACUACCCCUGCAGCGGCCGAGCCGUGACAGUGGGCCAGAGGGCCACGGUGACGCACGGCCACUGCCACGCUCCCGACAUGCUGGACUUGGCCGCUCGCAGGAAGCAGCAGGAGAUCACGGACACGGUGCUGGGGGAAGGUCCGGGCAACACACGCAAGCGCGUCGGGGCGCUGCUGGGCGGCGUGGACCAGUUCCUGUCGGCCCGCAUGUCUAGCACCGGCAGCCUGACCAGGACCAUUGAGAGGCUACGCUCCAGGCACCACACCAGGUCCUGGACGCCCUCCCGGGCCCUGCCGGAGGGCCCCAGGAGGAGGGCAGGUGGCCGGAGGUCAGCACGGGCUUCUGAGCAGAGACCGCCCCCUCCCUCCCAAUGCCUAAGCACUGGCACCCAGCCUCUACUAUCUGCCAGCCUUGAGGAGGUGGUGGGCAGGGCCUUGAGCCCGGGUAGGCAACCAACACUGCCCUCGCCAUCCUGCUGCCAUCCUGAAGCCCCUGCCCGGCCCUUCCCCUCAUCCACUGGGGAAGAGGCCGGGGGUGGGCCACUGGGCCUGGUGCAGCCAAAGGAAGAGGAGGUAGAAGAGGCAGAGGAGGAGGAGACAGCGGUGGCAGGAGGGAACUCCCCGGACUUCUUCAGCUUCCGGCUGUCCUCAGACGCCACCAGCGGCCUGUGGUUGUCAGCCCCCGGGAGCACAGCCACGGAGGGGGAGGGGGAGGCCAGGGUGCCGGCCACUGAGGAGGCAACGGCUGGGUCGGCCACAGACAGAGACGAGAUGGGCCUCGAGGCCAUCCUUCAUGACCCCGUGGAUCCCCAGCUCCUCUGCUUCGAGCGGAAGCAGCAAGUGGAGGAGUUUUACCACCACCUCUUCCACCACAUGGCCCAGGGGGAGCAAGCCCACCGUGAAGCCCCCCGCAGCAAUGACCGACUGGCAGGCGCCAUCCAAGAACUGGCUGCCAGCCAGCGGGAGCUGGCCCGGGAGCUGGCCACGGGCCAGAGGGAGCUGGCCAGAGGGCAGAAGGCGGUGGCCAGUGCCCUCUGCCAGCUGGCUGAGGGUCACCUGGUCUUAGCCCGGGCCCUAGGGAGGGGGAUGGCGGGGCUGGCGCCCAAGCUACUGGGCGCCGAGCCGGUCCCAGGGGCCCCAGACGCAUCGCUGGCCUCGGGUCCCACGGCGGGGAGACGGUCCCUGCAUGGUCAGUGCCCACGCCAGCCUCCGGGUUCCUCCUUGGGCAGGGAGCCCCCGACAGAACGAGAGCAACCAGGCCAUUCCCAACAGGGCUUCCUGAAGCCUGAGCUGUCGGGCUCACCCCUCCCCUAGAGGAUUUAGGGGGCUGCGAUGGUCCACCUCGCCAUCUUCUGGGGGCCAAGGGAGGCCAGAGCCAGUGACUAUGCCAUUUUGUUAUUUGGGAAGUUGAUGGGGGUUGAGGGGUGUUUCCUCUCCUUUCACUUUUGCCCAGGUUUGGGCAUCUCUCUGUUUCAGUUCUAUGGGGUCAUUUCCCCCCAGGGCCACUCCACCCCAGAGUGUCUCCCUCCCCAGGCCCUUGUUCCAUCGAUGUUGGUUCCGUGCUGGCCGAGGGCAGGUCCUGUCCCAGCUUCCCGGCCCCCAGCCCCUGCUCCGGCUGGAAGAGAACCUGCCUCCUGCCUGUGGCUGAGGGCUGGUGUUUGCCCAGCCCCACCUGUGGACUGGUGUCUGGGAGGGGUAUAUCCUGAAGAGGCAGGAGCAGAUGGGGGUGGUCUUUGGCCCCAGCAGCGGCUCCCUUUGGGAGAGAGUUCUUCACCCUGCCUGGGGCUCCUGGUUCCCCUGAAUUAGGGUUGCUGCCCCCAUUCGUUCCUGCUGCCAGAUUAGGGCCCAGCUCCCCAGUCUCUCCCCAGUGCAUCACCUUCCACCCCCAAUCAGUCUGGCCCAAAGGAUCAGCUGUCCUGCUCCUCCCCACCAUCAGCCACCCUGCUUCGGGGGUGUGGAGCCCCCCGCUUCCACAAGAUUGGACGGUAGAGCCUCAGAUGACCGAUGACCCGGGAUGCCAGCGGACCAACCUGCAGCCCGGCUGGGCAUGGACUUGCCAGGGAGACCCUUCUUGUCCCAGAGAGAGACCUCAGAGAGGAUGUGGGCAAGGCAGGACAGGCACUGGAAGGCCCCCUGUCCCCGACAGGAGCUCUUUUUUCCUAACAAGCAGCUCAAGGGAAGGCAAGUGAGCCCUUGCCCCAGCCCUGACCCCAGCCCCAACCCUUUAGCUUCUUAGCUCUCAGGCAGAGCCCACCUUCCUUGAAGGGCCAGUUGGGUGUACAGCCUGAGGCCUGAGCCUCCUCCUCUUCCUGCCACUCAUGUCUCCACAUUCUCUGCACUUUUGGGGGUUCCUCUUUCCCGUUUGUUACAAUUGCCCACCACUUGCUGACUGACCUAUCAGUGCUCCUAAAUUUGGCCAGAGGUGGUUACGUCAGGAAGAGAUAUGGAACGCUUUCAUCCCAAUAGGUCACAGGAGUCAGAAGUCAAAGUUCAGUUUCUGCCACCUCCCUGCUCGGGGAGAGGGGUGCUGGAGUAAGGGGUCAGAUCAAAGCAGGGCCAAGGUUGAUGUAUUGUGUACUGAGAGUGACAACCUUUUCUAAUGG